AUGCAGCCCGGAGUCAAGACAGCACCAGGCAUUUUCCAAGAACUCAUGACAACGAUGCUUGCAGGUCUCAACGGCGCCUUUGCAUUCAUCGACGACAUUAUAAUCGGUGGAAUUAACAAAAGCGAACACGACAAGCUCCUUUUCGACGUCCUCGAACGCAUCCAAGACUACGGAUUCAAACUUCGAAUCGAAAAAUGCGAGUUUGCUCGACCAAGUAUCCUUUUCUGCGGACACAUUAUCGACGCGCAAGGUGUCAAGCCAGAUCCCGAGAAGAUACAAGCCAUUCAAACCAUUCCAGCACCGCGUGAUAUCCACCAGCUCCGUUCGUUCCUCGGGGCAGCCAACUAUUAUGGAAAAUUUGUUAAAAACAUUAAAGAUCUUCGUGGACCCCUCGAUGAGCUCACUCUCAAAGGCGCUAACUUCGAAUGGCAACAAAAGCAUCAGGAUGCCUUCGACAAACUCAAGGAAAUUCUAGCAUCGGAUCUAGUCCUCACUCAUUACGAUCCUGCCAAGAAAAUCGUGGUGGCAGCCGAUGCUUCAUGCUACGGUAAAGGAGGAGCCAUUUUGCAUGAAUUUUCAGACAGAACACUACAUCCAAUCAUGUACGUCUCAUCAACCUUCACAGCAGCCGAAAAUAACUACUCGCAGAUUCAGCGGGAAGCCAUCGCGCUCGUGUUCGCUGUUAAACGCUUUCACAAGUACAUCUAUGGUCGCAAAUUCGAGCUCCACACCGACCAUAAGCCUCUCCUUACGAUUUUUGGCUCUAAACAAGGCAUCCCGGCUUACACUGCAAGCCGCCUCCAGCGUUAUGCUCUGAUCUUACUCGCCUACGACUUCGACAUUAAAUACGUCAAUACCGGAAGCUUUGGAUACGCCGACAUCGUUUCCCGCCUCAUUGCCAAACAUCCACGAGAAAACGAAGAUACUGUCAUCGCAGCAAUUCAAGAGGGAGAGGAGGUAGAACAGUGCUUUGCAAUUGAUGCCGCAAAAUUACUUCCGGUCAAAUUCGCUGAUAUCCAGGAGGCCACACAGCGUUGCGCAACACUCAAGAAGGUCAUCGAAUUCACCAACACCUCAUGGCCACAGAAACGCAACCAGAUCCGGAAUCCCGAAGUCGCUGCUUUCUUCGAUCAACGCGAAGGAUUAAUUGUCAGCCAGAAUUGUCUUUUACAGGACGAUCGUGUCGUUGUUCCAUCUCAGUUCCGUAAGCAGAUCCUUGAGGAGCUCCAUUUUGGUCACCCGGGCUGCACCCGUAUGAAGCUUCUUGCUCGCAGCAAAGUCUUCUGGCCCGGAAUCACUGCUGACAUCGAGCGAACCGUCAAAAUGUGCAAAGCUUGCGCGACAAAUGCUAGGACGCCCAUCAAAUGCUCGCUACAACCAUGGCCAAUUCCAACGAAGCCAUGGUCUCGCAUCCAUGCCGACUACGCGGGUCCCGUCAAUGGCGCUUAUUACCUAGUCAUCGUUGAUGCCUUCAGCAACUGGCCAGAGAUCUUCGAAUCCGCCUCAAUGACAUCUGUCAAGUCCAUCGAAAUGCUCAGAGAGACAUUCGCUCGGCACGGCCUCUGCGAUACGCUCCUCACAGACAACGGACCUCAGUUCACCGCGCAGGAAUUCAAAACUUUCUGUGAACAAUCAGGCGUUGAACAUAUCCUAACAGCGCCUUACCACCCUCAGUCAAAUGGUAGGGCUGAGCGUUUCGUCGACAUCCUCAAGACUGGACUGGAAAAGGCAACUAGAAACGCUGACCAGAAGCUUCGAGAGUUCCUCACUACCUACCGUUUCACACCGUCUUACAAGCUCGGCAAUAAGUCCCCGUCCGAGUUAUUGAAUGGCCGCACCAUGAAGACUCGCCUCGACUUGCUUCACCCUCAAGAGCAACCGUCCUCUCAGCGUGACACAAUACUGGCCCGUCAGUUUGACCGAGCUCACGGAGCGCGCUGGAAGGAAUUCGUAAUUGGUGCAAGUGUCUACUACCAGCUACACAAAACCAACACAGAUUGGCAAUGGACGCCAGCGAUAAUCGUCAACCGUCUAGGCACCGUCAACUACACGAUCAAACUUGGAGACGGACGAGUCAUCAAAAAGACACCGACAUCGAGCCAAUUAUCAUUUCCCGGCCUGAGCCCGAACAUCCACAGACAGCAGCUCAUGUGGACUCCGAUGAUGCCAACACCUCGUACGAAAGUGCCCAAGAUGAAAGCAGGGAGAACAUCGUUACACCCGCUGAACUAG